AGGUGUGGUUAAAAUUUUCAGCCCCGCCUACCCACACAGCAGCAGGUGUACAUGGCGCCCUCUUGGUGAGCCUGAGAGUAGAGAAUCUCCUGCCAUCUUCUUCUCAGGAUGCCAAGAAGUAGAAGUAGAAGUCGUUCAAGGGAUCGAGGGAGGAGGAGAAGGUCUCGUUCUUAUUCCCCCCGUGGGCGGGAGAGAGAUAGGCGGAGUCCUGUGAGACGUAGGGAUGAUAGAGUGAGGGGGCGGAACGAUUGGGACAGGAGACGGGACCGAGGGAGAAACCAGUAUCGGAGUUAUGGUGGGCGUGGUCGACCCUCGUCUCCAAGGGGACGUCCCAGUAGGAGGAGAUCAAGGAGUAGAUCGAGGAGUCGGGGUCGUAGGAGCAGUACCAGUAGUGAUUCCUCUCGUUCCUCUUCCUCUGGAUCCUCCUCACGCUCAUCUCGCUCCAGCUCAGGAAGCAGCAGUAGAAGCAGCAGCUCUAGCAGGAGCCGAUCGCCUUCUCCGAGCAAUAAGAAGUACUCAAAAUCCUCAGCUAAACCUGAACCAAAGAAGACCAGUCAAAAAGAGGAAACAGACACUCCUAAGACAACUACACCUCGUAAAACCUCUCCAACCAGACAAGAGAAGGAUAAAGGUGUUCCCCCUCCUCCUCCUCUUGCUCCUCCUCCUCCCACUUCAAUAAAGCAAGAUCAGGUAGGAGAAGAGGAUCAGAAACCACGUGCUAACAUUCCUCCUCCUCCUCCUGCUGGACCUCCUCCCUCUGAUCCAGCUGAGGAUAAGAAGGUUGUCUCUGAUAAAUCAGAGGCAAAGGAUGUCUCGCCAUCUCCUAGCGUAGGGUCUAGGCGCUCGGGUUCUAGAUCGAAAUCUCGUUCUCGUUCCAAGUCUGGUUCAAAGUCUCGUUCCCGUUCUCGUUCCAGUUCUUCCCGUAGCUCCUCCAGCAGUGCUGGUUCUCGUAAGAGGUUCUCUCGUGUUAAAGGCUCUCGCUCGCCCUCUCCCUCCUCUCCAAAGCGCCGCAAAGAGCGUAGCCCCACCCCCAAACCAACGAAAGUAUUUGUUGGCAAGUUAACUCGUAAUGUUACCAAGCCACACCUCAACGAGGUAUUCUCAAACUUUGGCAAAGUCAAGAACAUUGAUCUUCCUCUUGAUAGACUUAAUUUCCUCCCGCGUGGUCACGGCUACGUUGAAUUUGACACUCCUGACAAUGCCACAGCUGCUAUGAAACACAUGGAUGGUGGAUGGAUUGACGGUCAGCAGGUUACAAUACAGCUGGUUCUCCCCUCAAGAAAUGAGGGAAAGCAUUUCCGUAACUUUUCUCCGCCUCGUAGACGCUAUUAUCGGUCUCCACCUCGUCACAGGGGUGGGGCCUGGAAAAGGAGCCCACCACGUCCUCGCAAUCGGUCUCCUCGCAGGUCACCUCCGAGACGUAGACGAAGUAGGUCACGGUCUAGGUCACCACGUUAGGCUCUUGUGAGUGGUGCUAGCGCCCGUGACCUGAACACUUUACAUUAUUUUUGUUUAUGAAGACUUUUCUUUAUUUGAUGUCUCUCACAAUUAUAACUUUUUCAUUUCCUUUCUUUUCCCUCUCUCUUAGUCUCACUUGCUUCACAGUAUGCACAAGUUUUCUUUAUAUAAGAAUGACAUCUUCUAUAGUCACUUUA